AUGAGUUUGGAGGCAUUCCGCUGGUAUGAGUUGGUACAGGUCUGUACCGAGUUAGGAAUAGAUUUCGGGCAGAGAAAAAGAAAGCCGCACAAUAUAGAACUUAUUGAGGCCGAAAAGGUCAGCGUUGAGGAGUUCACAGAGGCUCUGGGGGAGGUUCGCGGAAGGGAACUGGAUGUGCUCGAGAGCAAAAAGCGGGCCGAAGAGGAGGAACGCAGGAGGCGGGCCGACGCGGAUGCUUUAGAAAGGUCAAGAUGGGAGCUCGAGAAACGCGAGUAUAAGCGCGAAAUGGAGCGGCUCGACUACGAAUUCGAGCAGCUCGAGCUCGCGAAGAAAGCGCGGGAGUUAGAGGCUCUUUUUCGGGCGGCAACAGGCGUUGAAGGGGUGACAGGGAAGGCGUGUCAGCGAAAGGAGAAAGUGGAAGCUGGGGACACAGAGUUGACCGGAGACCAGCGUCUCUCUCCCGACACGACCGUCGCCGUUCUUCGCAAGUCCGACCCGAACUCCGAGCGGCGGGACGGUGAAAGUGACGUGGAAGCAGCAACAGAAGUGGUGUGUCAGGAAAAGAGGAAAAUGGAAGCUGGGGACACCGAGGUGACCGGAAACCAGCGUGUUUCCUCCAACGCGACCGACGCUGUUCCACGGAAGACCGACGCCGUUCCACACAAGACCUACCCAACAGCUGAGCUGCGGGAGGCUGAGAGUGAUCAGGAUCACAGGAAAGAAGAGAAGGCUCUUCGGGCGUCCAGCGGCGGCUUCCCGGAUGACGAAGGCGACGCCAAGACAGAGACAACGCUGGGGGUAGCCCAGCCAGCUCAUGGAGAGCAGCGCCGAGAUGCAGGAAACGGCUGUUAA